GGAAGUGAAGCGUGUUGUGUGCAGCGCAACGAUGGCGAGCGCUAAUGCGAAACAACCGGCAAAAAAUGCGAGUAAAGCCUCGGCCGGAGGCACCGGUGGGGCUGCAGGCGGUGCCCAGCCUCCGCCGCUCGCGUCUCCGCUCAUGGGCGGGUUAAAUAAAAAGAAGAAACCGUUUCUGGGCAUGUCCGCGCCGCUCGGAUAUGUGCCUGGUCUUGGCAGAGGUGCUACGGGUUUCACCACGCGAUCUGAUAUCGGUCCUGCCCGUGAUGCAAAUGACCCAGUGGACGACCGUCACGCGCCUCCGGGCAAGAGGACAGUUGGUGAUCAGAUGAAGAAGAAUCAGGAGGAGGAUGAGGAGGAUCUGAACGACACUAACUAUGAUGAGUUCAACGGCUAUGCGGGCAGUCUUUUCUCUAGUGGGCCAUAUGAGAAAGAUGACGAAGAGGCGGAUGCCAUCUACGCUGCCCUGGAUAAGCGAAUGGAUGAGAGGCGCAAGGAAAGAAGGGAGCUGCGGGAGAAGGAAGAGAUCGAGAAAUAUCGUAUGGAGCGUCCCAAAAUUCAACAGCAGUUCUCGGAUCUCAAGAGGAAGCUGGCUGAGGUGACGGAGGAUGAAUGGUUGAGUAUCCCCGAAGUGGGUGAUGCCAGGAACAAACGUCAAAGGAACCCACGUCACGAGAAGCUCACACCUGUUCCAGACAGUUUCUUUGCCAAGCAUCUUCAGACUGGAGAAAACCACACUUCUGUUGACCCUCUGCAAGGGCAAUUUAGUGGUCUGAACACACCAUUCCCAGGCGGCCUGAACACACCCUACCCAGGAGGCAUGACACCAGGCGCAGGAGAUCUGGAUAUGAGGAAGAUUGGUCAAGCCAGGAACACUCUGAUGGACAUGAGGCUCAGUCAGGUUUCUGACUCCGUGAGUGGACAAACAGUUGUUGAUCCUAAAGGCUAUCUCACCGAUCUCAACUCUAUGAUUCCCACCCAUGGAGGAGAUAUCAGUGACAUUAAAAAAGCACGUCUACUAUUGAAGUCGGUGAGAGAAACAAAUCCCCACCACCCUCCCGCCUGGAUCGCCUCCGCACGUUUGGAAGAAGUGACAGGAAAACUGCAGGUGGCCAGAAACCUCAUCAUGAAAGGCACUGAAAUGUGUCCUAAGAGUGAGGAUGUGUGGCUAGAAGCGGCCCGACUACAGCCAGGAGACACAGCAAAGGCCGUGGUUGCCCAAGCAGUACGUCACCUGCCUCAGUCUGUGCGCAUCUAUAUCAGAGCUGCUGAACUAGAGACGGACAUCAGAGCCAAGAAACGAGUGCUCAGGAAAGCUUUGGAGAACGUGUCUAAAUCAGUGCGCUUGUGGAAGACUGCUGUUGAACUGGAGGAGCCAGAAGAUGCUAGAAUCAUGUUGAGCAGAGCAGUCGAGUGCUGCCCUACCAGUGUAGAGCUCUGGUUGGCACUUGCCCGCUUAGAAACGUAUGAGAACGCUCGUCGGGUUCUGAACAAAGCUCGUGAAAACAUUCCCACAGACCGGCAUAUCUGGAUCACAGCUGCCAAGCUGGAGGAAGCCAACGGAAACACUCAGAUGGUGGAGAAGAUCAUCGACAGAGCCAUUACCUCACUGGGGGCCAACGGUGUGGAGAUAAACCGCGAGCAGUGGAUUCAGGAUGCGGAGGAGUGUGAUAAGGCCGGCAGUGUGGCCACAUGUCAAGCUGUGAUCAGAGCUGUAAUUGGGAUUGGCAUUGAAGAGGAGGACUGUAAACACACAUGGAUGGAGGACGCCGACAGUUGCGUGGCUCAUGGAGCUGUGGAGUGUGCCCGUGCCAUCUAUGCCCACGCACUUCAGGUCUUUCCCAGCAAGAAGAGCGUCUGGCUGAGGGCCGCUUACUUCGAGAAGAGCAAUGGCACACGAGAGUCUCUGGAGGCUCUGUUACAGAGGGCUGUUGCUCAUUGUCCUAAGGCUGAGGUGCUGUGGUUAAUGGGGGCUAAAUCUAAAUGGCUAGCGGGCGAUGUUCCAGCAGCCAGAAGUAUCUUAGCUUUGGCCUUCCAGGCUAACCCCAACAGUGAGGAGAUCUGGCUGGCUGCUGUGAAGCUGGAAUCGGAGAACAAUGAAUACGAGAGGGCGCGCAGGCUGUUAGCCAAGGCCCGCAGCAGCGCCCCCACUGCCAGGGUGUUUAUGAAGUCAGUGAGGCUGGAGUGGGUGCUGGGAAAUAUUGAAGCAGCACAAGAUCUGUGUACAGAAGCCCUAAAGCAUUAUGAAGAUUUCCCAAAACUCUGGAUGAUGAAAGGUCAGAUCGAAGAACAGACGGAGAACAUGGACAAAGCGCGAGAGGCAUAUAACCAGGGUCUAAAGAAAUGCCCACAUUCCAUGCCAUUAUGGCUUCUUCUGUCCCGGCUGGAGGAGAAAGUUGGGCAGCUUACACGAGCUCGAGCCAUCCUGGAGAAAGCACGACUCAAGAACCCACAAACCCCUGAGAUAUGGUUAGAGUCUGUCAGACUUGAAUACAGAGCAGGAUUGAAAAAUAUAGCCAACACGCUUAUGGCCAAAGCCCUGCAGGAGUGUCCCAGCUCUGGCAUUCUUUGGGCCGAAGCAGUUUUUCUGGAGGCCAGGCCUCAGCGCAGGACCAAGAGCGUUGACGCUCUAAAGAAGUGUGAACAUGAUCCUCAUGUACUGCUGGCAGUCGCCAAAUUGUUCUGGAGUGAGAGAAAGAUAACGAAGGCGAGAGAAUGGUUCCUGCGCACUGUAAAGAUCGAGCCGGACCUGGGCGAUGCAUGGGGAUUCUUCUACAAGUUUGAGCUUCAGCAUGGAACAGAAGAGCAGCAAGCGGAGGUGAAGAAGCGGUGCGAGAACGCCGAACCGCGGCACGGCGAACUCUGGUGUGCCGAUUCCAAACACAUUCACAACUGGCAGAAGAACAUCGGAGAAAUCCUGGUCCUCGUGGCUUCAAAGAUCAAAAACACAUUUUGAAGUGUGGAACUGACAUUAGAUUUCCGAAUCUGUGCGUGUUGCUUUUAGGGAAUCUGUGGAUAAACGCUCUCAAGAGAUUUUGUUUUUUUAAAACUAUUUUUUCACUAUUAACCUUGUUCUUCCCACCGGAACAGUGACGGCUUCUUUGCGGUGUUAUCUUUGUUUUAGAUUUUUUUUGCUGUAAUACUUCUCACUCUACAAAGUCUAAAGACUUCAGAUAUAUGAAUACCCAUAGAUUUGAGACCAUCUGAGGAUUAUUGCAAGACAUCGCCUUCUCAUUGCUUGUGUAAAUGUGCUGCUUAUUGGCGAAUAAAUGAAAUCUGUAACAUG